AGAAGCAAGUGGCGUUCAGAGGGACGGAGAUGUGAAGGAGGGAAGGGGCCCUGGAGGAGCGUGUCCACUGCCGCAUCGUUCUCCCAGUGCCCUGAGCAAUGGAUAUACUAUUUGGCAAGAACAAGAAAGAACAAGUAGAGCCUGUAAGGGCCAAAGUGACAGGCACAAUUCCAGCAUGGCUGCAGGGAAUGCUGCUUCGCAAUGGGCCUGGGAUGCACACGGUUGGGGAAACCAGAUACAACCAUUGGUUUGACGGCCUGGCCCUGCUCCACAGCUUCACCAUCAGAGAUGGUGAGGUCUGUUACAGGAGCAGGUACCUGAGAAGCGACACGUACAGCACCAACAUCGAGGCAAAUAGGAUUGUGGUGUCGGAGUUUGGAACCAUGGCCUAUCCAGACCCCUGCAAAAACAUAUUUUCCAAAGCUUUCUCCUACUUGUCCCACACCAUCCCCAACUUCACUGACAACUGCCUGAUCAACAUCAUGAAGUGUGGGGAAGACUUCUAUGCAACCACAGAGACCAAUUACAUCAGGAGAAUCAACCCACAGACCCUGGAAACACUGGAGAAGGUUGAUUAUCGUAAAUAUGUGGCUAUAAAUCUGGCAACAUCACAUCCUCAUUAUGAUGAGGCUGGAAAUAUUCUCAACAUGGGCACAUCCAUUGUGGACAAGGGGAAGACCAAAUAUGUUAUAUUUAAGAUUCCUGCCAAGGUACCAGAGGACCAGAAUAAGGGGAAGAGCCCUUGGAAGCACACGGAGGUGUUCUGCUCCAUCCCCUCCCGCUCCUUCCUCUCCCCAAGCUACUACCACAGCUUCGGGGUCACGGAGAACUACAUCAUUUUUCUUGAGCAGCCCUUCAAGUUGGAUAUUCUCAAGAUGGCGACCGCAUACAUGCGGGGAGUGAGCUGGGCCUCCUGCCUGACUUUCCACAGAGAGGAGAAGACUUACAUUCACAUCAUUGACCAAAGGACCAGAAGGCCUGUGCGGACCACAUUCUACACGGACGCCAUGGUGGUCUUUCAUCACGUCAAUGCCUUCGAACAGGAUGGCUGUGUUCUGUUUGACGUCGUCGCCUACGAAGACAGCAGCCUCUACCAGCUCUUCUACCUGGCCAAUCUGAACCAGGACUUCCAGGAGAACUCCACGCUCACCUCAGUUCCCACCCUCAGGCGGUUCGCCGUGCCCCUCCACAUGGAUGAGAACGCAGAAGUGGGCUCCAAUUUAAUCAAAGUGGCAUGUACAACAGCGACCGCUGUGAAGGACAGAGAUGACCAGGUCUACUGCCAGCCAGAACUUCUUUAUGAAGGCUUAGAGCUACCUCGAAUCAAUUAUGCUCACAAUGGAAAGCAAUACCGAUACAUCUUUGCCGCUGAGGUGCAGUGGAGUCCAAUCCCAACCAAGAUCAUAAAAUACGACACUCUUACAAAGUCAUCCUUAAAAUGGGGAGAGGAGAACUGCUGGCCAGCAGAACCACUGUUUGUGCCCACGCCUGGUGCCACGGACGAGGAUGACGGAGUCAUCUUAUCAACCAUUGUCUCCACUGAUCCCCCAAAGCUACCUUUUCUGCUUAUUCUGGAUGCCAAGAAUUUUACCGAAUUGGCUCGCGCCUCUGUCGAGGUGGAAAUGCACCUGGACCUCCAUGGGUUAUUCAUCCCAGACGCAGCCCAGGGCUCAAGCAAGCAGCCGCCUUCUGAGGAACGGAGGGACAGAGCUUCCCACUGUGACAACGAGGCCCCACACACUUGACACUGUGGUGUUGAGGAAGAGCUCAGCGGGCAGGACCCCGCAGCAUGCCAGGCUGGAGAUAGCUCUUUGAGUGCAGGGGAGGGCCUCCGUGUCCAUUUGUGCUUUGACAAGGAGAGGAAGAGGAAGCUACAAAAUCCUUGUUUGGAAGUCAACUAUUUAUUGAUUAGCUCAAGUACUUCUAAGAAAACUCCUUUCCUUUAUUUUAAAAACCUUGAUCAUGACGUAGAAAUUGCCUUAAAUCACAUUUAUUAUCAUCACUUUUAGAAUGAGCAGCCACUAACAUAUUAGAGGAGAGACAGACAAAUAUUUGUUAUUGCUCCUUCCUCCAUCUCUUUCUUUCCUUCCCUCCCUCUCUUCUUUUUAAUGGACUCAGCUGUGUGUCGGAGAGUCCCAGCUUUCUCAGCCGUGCUGUAUCAGUGAGUUGUGCGGCCAGGAAGGCACGUUGUCUGUGGUCAGUCCAUUGCAAGGGAUGACAUAAUAUAAAAUAAAAACUUUGAAGUCUA